AUGAUAACACCAUUUUUCACAACAGAACAAGAUGAAGAGUUUGUGUACGUGAACAUAAAGGUUUCGCAUGUCCGCUUCAACAGCAAGAACAUGGAAAUGGUUGUAGACGAUAAAAUAUUUGUUUUUUCACUUAGCCCGUACUACCUUCGAAUCCACUUUCCUCAUUCAUGUGUGGAUGACGAGCGAGCUACGGCCAGCUACGACAGCCAGAACGAGUCAAUUCGUGUGAAAUUACCCAAGGAGACCAAAGGACAAGAUUUUCCAGAUUUGGAUCUUGCUGCAAAAUUGCUCACCAGGUCCGACGAGAAGACGACGACGAAGCCUUUGAUUGAGGAAUUGGAUAAUGGAGUAACCGAGCAAGGGUUACAGGAGGCUCAGAAUGAAAUAAACUGGGAAAUCCCCCAGCAACCAGCAGAAAAAAUUAAUGGCAUUGCUUACGGGUUCAACAACGCAUAUUCAGAAACGGUGGGUAUUUCUCUAGCUAAAGGUAACGAUAUUAACGAGCUUGGAGAUCCAGAAAAUACUCCAGAGACAGACAGGGUGCUCGAGCGGUUGAUAAAAGAAAAUAUAAAGUUUGACAUGGAAUAUUAUGCUGCUGACUACAUGAUGGCCGACGAAGACGAAUACCGUCAAAUUUUGGAAUGGAAGUCUCCCACCACUCGUCUAUUCAAAAAAUGGUACAAAGAAGCUGGACAAGUGAACCAAACAAUGCCGGUUGAGUUUACCAAGGAUGAACAAGAAAAAAUGCAACUGCUUCCCAAAAAAUCGUAUCUCGUUGACGACAAGCCAUCUGUCUUUGCAUUUCUUCUUUCUCUUCUCUUUGCAUUCCAUUACGAUAUGCGAGAGACCGAAGGAGAACAUAAUGUGGAGAGUGCUUGGACAGUUGGAAAACUCGUUCCUCAAAUAUGUUAUUUGGAUUCUCGACUAGCAGUGGACCAAGGUCACAAUUAUGUACAUACCGCCAUCAUUACGGGCAUUCGGAGAGCCCUAGCAUACCCUUUACAUCGCAACUGGAACGCAGCCAUGAAGGCAUGGGACGAUGUGUACUAUAAUUUGCGAGGAGGAAAACGGUUGGUGAUGAAAUCGCUUUUGAAUGUCCGUGAGCUCUUUCGGUAUCAUGAUGUUUAUUAUGUGUACGACCACAUCUGGAUUCAAGACUUGUGUGCGUACGUGUUGGGAGACGGGGUGUCCGAGACAGACAUUAGAUCCAUUGCCCAUGAGCUUCGUCGUGAAUGCGAAAAGGUGACCAAGGAAACAGUGACGUUUGAGAAAAUGAUUGACGAAGAAAUCACCCCCACUUCUGUGGCCGACAUCGAGGCGAUGAUCCAACAGUAA